AUGGGUAAACACGACCAGCCUAAGACCUACCGCUACAAUGAGACUCCGGUCUAUACAGCCUCCAAUGGCUGCCCGGUUAUGGAUCCCCAAGCCGCUCAGCGCGUGGGCCCGAACGGUCCAUUGCUGCUGCAGGACUUCCAUCUGAUCGACCUGCUGGCGCACUUUGAUCGAGAGCGCAUUCCUGAGCGGGUGGUUCACGCCAAAGGUGCUGGCGCCUACGGCGAGUUCGAGGUCACCGACGACAUCAGCGAUAUAACCACGAUCGACAUGCUCAAGGGCGUUGGCAAGAAGACCAAGAUGCUGACCCGCUUCUCCACCGUUGGUGGCGAGAAGGGCUCGCCAGACAGCGCCCGUGACCCGCGUGGUUUCGCCAUGAAGUUUUACACAGAAGAGGGUAACUGGGACUGGGUCUUUAACAACACCCCCGUUUUCUUCCUGCGAGACCCGGCCAAGUUCCCCGUUUUUAUUCACACCCAGAAGCGUAACCCGCAGACCAACCUCAAGGAUGCCACCAUGUUCUGGGACUACCUCUCCACUCAUCAGGAGGCCGUCCACCAGGUGAUGCACCUCUUCAGCGACCGCGGCACUCCUUACUCCUAUCGCCACAUGAACGGCUACUCGGGCCACACCUACAAGUGGAUCAAGCCCGACGGCACCUUCAACUACGUGCAGAUCCACUGCAAGACCGACCAGGGCAACAGGACCUUCACCAACGAGGAAGCUACCAAGCUGUGCGCCGAGAACCCCGACUGGCACACACAGGACCUGUUCGACGCCAUCGCGCGCGGCGAGCACCCCUCGUGGACCUGCUAUGUGCAAGUCCUGUCCCCCGAGCAGGCCGAGAAGUUCCGCUGGAGCGUCUUCGACUUGACCAAGGUGUGGCCACAGAGCGAAGUGCCCCUGCGACGCUUCGGCCGCUUCACGCUGAACAAGAACCCGGAGAACUAUUUUGCGGAGAUCGAGCAGGCGGCGUUCUCGCCCUCGCACAUGGUCCCCGGCGUUGAGCCCUCGGCUGACCCCGUCCUGCAGUCCCGUCUUUUCUCCUACCCGGAUACCCACCGCCACCGUCUUGGUGGCAACUACGAGCAGAUCCCAGUCAACUGCCCGCUGCGCUCGUUCAGCCCGUGGCACCGCGACGGCGCCAUGAAUGUGCUCGGUAAUUAUGGCGCCAAUCCGAACUAUCCAUCCACCUUCCGACCCCUGGCCUACAAGCCCGUCAAGGCUAGCCAGGAGCACGAGAAGUGGGCGGGUGCCGCCGUUGCGGAGCAGAUACCCGUCACCUCCGAGGACUUCGUGCAGGCCAAUGGCCUCUGGCAGGUGCUUGGUCGCCAGCCUGGUCAGCAGGAGAACUUCGUGAAGAACAUUUCUGGUCACCUCUGCGGUGCCCAUGAGCGUGUCCGCAAGGCGACCUACGGCAUGUUCCAUCGUGUGAACAAGGACCUUGGUGCCCGCAUUGAGGCAGCCACCGAGGCAAAUGUUGCCCCUUCUGCUCGUCUGUAA